AUGGGAAAUUCCAUCUCAAAGAAGAAGAAUAAGCAUAAAGAGAAACGACUAUCCACAAGCAAGAAAUCCUCACAAUCACAGCCACAACAAUCCAAAGCAGCAUCAUCUGCUGCUGCCUCAGCUGCAUCUCCACUCCAAUCUUCAUUGCCUCGAUUAGAAGUGCCCAGUGCAGAUAAUGAAAACAGUGUCAACACGGCUCAGUCUAUCAAUUCAAUCCUGAUCACUUCUUCUCAGCACCGUAGAAACAAUCAGCAAAACAACUCGGCUCUUUCAGCGCUUAAUCCCGAUUAUCCUGUAGGUAAUGCUGCGAAUGAUAACAGCAACGAGCAAGAUACUGUCCAAGCGGGCGAUGCAUUCAUGGGAAAAGUAGAGCAUCCACAACAGCACAAACUACUAGCACAGUCUGAUUUCUGGCCACCUAAAAAAGCUUCGGGACAAACACUAGACAUUGACAAUGUAGAUAACAACCAGCUUACCGUAUCCAGUAUGAAUCAGUUGACAGUCAAUUCUGUGUCCAGUAUGAAUAUGCAGGGUAUCACUCAAAUUGAUGAUUAUAUCCGUCGAUUGCUGGAUGCUGGUUAUGCUACCAAAGUGCCAAAGCAACUGUGCUUGAAGCAGUCUGAAGUCAAUGCCAUUUGUCGUGUGGCCAUGGACAUCUUCUUGAGCCAGCCCUCUUUGCUCGAGCUGUCUGCGCCUGUCAAAAUUGUAGGCGAUACACACGGCCAAUACACAGAUCUGAUUCGAUUGUUUGAAAUGGGCGGCUUCCCGCCUACAUCCAACUAUUUGUUUUUGGGCGAUUAUGUCGAUCGUGGAAAACAAAGUUUGGAAAACUUUCUGUUGUUAUUGUGUUACAAGAUCAAGUAUCCCGAGAACUUUUUCAUCCUAAGAGGUAAUCAUGAAUCAGCAAAUGUGACAAAAGUAUACGGAUUCUAUGAUGAAUGCAAACGUCGCCUCAGUCCCAAGAUGUGGAGAUCAUUUGUGGAUGUAUUCAAUACGCUACCCAUUGCUGGUUUAGUGGCUGGAAAGAUCUUUUGUGUGCAUGGUGGCCUCAGUCCUUCGUUGCAUAGUAUGGACGAUAUUCGCAACAUUCAACGACCCACAGAUGUGCCCGACUAUGGAUUAUUGAAUGAUCUACUCUGGGCUGAUCCCGCUGAUAUUCCGGUAGAUUGGGAGGAUAAUGAGCGUGGUGUCUCGUACUGCUUUGGUAAAAAAGUAAUCAACGAAUUUCUCUCCAAAUUUGAUUUGGAUCUUGUCUGUAGAGCUCACAUGGUGGUCGAAGAUGGCUAUCAGUUUUUUAAUGAACGUACAUUGGUAACAGUAUUCAGUGCUCCUAAUUAUUGUGGUGAAUUUGAUAAUUUUGGUGCCAUCAUGAGUGUUAGCGAGGAACUUUUGUGUAGUUUUGAACUGCUUACACCAUCUGAUCAUCCUCUUGCAAAGAAAAACUAA